AUGGUGGACACCCCCACAAUUGCUGAUAGCAGCACACAAUGUGACAUGGCCACCAUGCCUCUCUGGGACACCAACAAUGGCCCGUUGGCCAAUCACACUACGGCCUCUCCUUCUCCUUUUGAUGGCAGCGUCAGGCCAGAGUCGGACGGCUCGAUGCGCCUGGUGGAUCUGCUGAAGACGUCCAGUCACAGCAAAGCUUCCGGCUUUGAACUCAGCAGACGUCGAUCCAAGAGGUCGGUGUUCCUACACUCCGGAGUGAGGAUCUGUCCCCAGGAGACGGUGGACGAGGUUCUGGCCAGCCACCAGGCUUACUACCAGCUCCGAGUUUGUCAGGAAGCCGUGUGGGAGGCCUUCAGGAUCUUCUUCGACAGGAUUCCCGGGACGUCAGAGUACCAACACUGGGUUCACACGUGUCAACAAGAGUCGCUCUGCAUCUCCGACCUCGCCAGGAACUUCAGCAGCUCAGAGGAGCAUGUCCAUAUGAUUCACAGGAGGAUGAACCGAAUGAGAGACCGAAGACCUCCGACACGAGGCGUGGUGACUCCUGCACCCACACAGAGGCUCCCUGAGACUACAGAGCAUCACUCUUCAUCUACCCUGUACCCUGGAGUUGGUUCAGGUCUGCAGGCUCUUCCCGCCACCCCAGCAGUCCCGUCAGCGGCCCCGACCAUCAUCGCCAGCACCAUCGCCCCCCUCAGCACCCCGAGCGCCUCUUCCAGCCCGACUGUCGAUCACACUCAGCCUGCUGACGCCCUCCAAGAGGCCUUCACAUCUCCGGCUCAUUAUGUCAUCAAUGCACUCUACGUCUCCUUGGACUCAGCCACCCCACCAUCACAGAGCCCCCCCUGCCCACCCGUCUCCUUUACAGCAGCCCAGACAUCUCACGCCAGAGAACUUAGCAGCUACAGGCCGGUGGCUCUCACGUCCCAUCUGAUGAAGACUCUGGAGAGACUGACCCUGGGACACCUCUGCUCCAUGGUGCUAAACAACAAACUGGACUGGACUCACAACACAGAUGCACUUGAGAUCUGCUGGAGCAGCAGCAUCACAGAAAGGAAGAAGCUGGACAAAGUUAUCAGGAGGUCCAGCUCUGUCCUUGGCUGGUCUUUGGACUCAGUGCAGGAGGACACGGAGCUUCCUAACGUGGUUCCAGAGAGUCUGGUGGAGCAGAUCGUGGAGUUUAGUAUCGACCUGGUGGAUCCGGGCUACAGAGAGCUGCUGGAUGACCCAGACUCGCCUCAGUACAUCGACCUGGCUCAGCACCUGCAGGACCAGAUGCAGCACGUUUUUGACAAACUCCCAGGAUUUAAAGCCAUCAGUGUUCUUGGAAUCAGGCCUGGAGGAAUCUCGGUCCACUACUCUCUGGUCUUUGAGAAUAAUUUCCCUGGAAGCAGCUCGGAGAACUUGGAGACGGCGACCGGUGCACUCGAUUCGCCCACCAGCUUUGGACUCAGGGAAAUGGUGGCCAAGGCUUUACGAGAGGAGGCGUCUCUGCCCGUGGAUCUGGAUUCCCUGAACUUCCAGCCAGAAGCGAUGCUCCUGCCAGUGUUGCCCUCAGCCUCAUCAGUCGAAGUCGUGGACGAGUCCAGUGAGCCUGAUUCACAUAACGAGUUUGAGGUUUUCAUCAGCGAGUCAGAGACUGAUAAACCUCCGCCGGCGGUUCCCCUCACCCCUACAGAGGAGGAAAAUGCCCUCGUGACCCUACUGGACUCCACAGACGUCUCAGACGAAGAGACGACGGCAGCAACUGGAGGGAUCUCGCUGAACACUGAUCACUCUCCGGCUUCUGAAGGUGUUAUCGAUGAGUCGGGGAGAAUUCAUGUUGGCGAACUUGAACCAUCAGACCAAGAACAGGAGCAAGAAGAACUACUUAUUAUCACACAUGAGAUUCAAACCAUUCACCACGAUGAAACUGGUGAACUUGUGCGCGACUACAUCCCAACUCCUCCUGUGAUUCUAGAAGUGGAGCCAGAUAAUAUUAUCACUCUGUCUCCUAACCUGAUAUCAGAGGAGGAUCUGACUCCUGUUGAUGAGGACAAAGAACAUCCUAGUUUGGAUGUUUUUGAAGUCACCCCAACUCCUCAAAUUUUAUUGACUGCAACAUCUAGCGUCGAUGAGCCGUCUGGUAUCGAACUCUCCCUCACAACACUGGCAGGUAUCACAGCUCAACCACCCACAGAGCCAAUAGCAAACCUUCGAGAGGACGAAGACAUCAAUGCUCUUCCAGAUGAGGAAAGGAUAGAACUGGGUCUCUCUGAACCUCAGAAACCUGGUGAUGUUUUGGAAAUUCAGUCACAGGAUGUCACAGAUUUGGAAAGUGAAGUUGAACUGUUACAACCAGAGAAAGGGUUGGUAGUUAAAUCUGAUGAAUUACUUGAGAUUUUGCAGCCAAAACCUGAACAAACUGAAGUUUCUGAACCAGUGGAAAGGAAUACAGGAGUGUCAGAAGCAGCAGCAGAAACAUUAGAAGUUUCAGAGCCAGACAAAGAGUCAGUUUUAGAAAGUCAGGAAGAGGUUACAGCUGAAGAACCAGAAGAAACUAUAGUUAAUGUGCUUGAAACUUCUGAACCAGUUGAGCUUUCAGAGCUAGAAGACUCAGUUCCAGAGAUGAAAACAGAUGAUACCACAGUAGAGGUUUUCAUGGAAGAAGGCGUAGAUGAACAAGUCAGUGUUUUGCAACAAGAGGAAGAAAUAGUUGAACUGACAGAAAAAAAAGAAGAGAGCAAAGAGGAAGUGGUUGAGCCUUCGUUUUCAGUACCUGAACCUGAGAAUGAUGUGGUGGAGGUCUCAGAACACGUUCCAGAUCAAGAGAAAGAGUCAGACUUAGGCAAGGGUACAGAAGAGAAAGUUUCAGAGGGACCAGUACCUGAAAAUUCAGAGGAAACAUUAGCUGUUUCUAAAGGGGUGGUACCAGAAGCGUCCAAGGAGACGGUACCAGAAGUGUCCAAGGAGACGGUACCGGAAGUUUCAGAGGAGACAGCACCAGAAGUGUCCAAGGAGACAGUACCAGAAGUUUCAGAGGAGACAGUACCCAAAGUGUCCAAGGAGACGGUAUCCGGAGUUUCAAAGGAGACAGUACCCGAAGUGUCCAAGGAGACUGUACCUGAAGUGUCCAAGGAGACAAUACCAGAAGUUUCAGAGGAGACAGUACCUGAAGUGUCCAAGGAGACAGUACCCGAAGUGUCCAAGGAGACAGUACCAGAAGUUUCAGAGGAGAAAGUACCCGAAGUGUCCACGGAGACAGUAUCCGAAGUUUCAAAGGAGACAGUACCCGAAGUGUCCACGGAGAUGGUAUCCGAAGUUUCAAAGGAGACAGUACCCGAAGUGUCCACGGAGACGGUAUCCGAAGUUUCAAAGGAGACAGUACCCGAAUUGUCCACGGAGAUGGUAUCCGAAGUUUCAAAGGAGACAGUACCCGAAGUGUCCACGGAGAUGGUAUCCGAAGUUUCAAAGGAGACAGUACCCGAAGUGUCCACGGAGACGGUAUCCGAAGUUUCAAAGGAGACAGUACCCGAAGUGUCCACGGAGAUGAUAUCUGAUGUUUCAAAGGAGACAGUACCGGAGGUGUCCAAGGAGACAGUACCCGAAGUGUCCAAGGAGAUGGUACACGAAGUGUCCAAGGAGACAGUACCCGAAGUUUCAGAGGAGACAGUACCCGAAGUGUCCGAGGAGAUGGUACACGAAGUGUCCAAGGAGACAGUACCCGAAGUCUCCAAAGAGAAAGUACAGGAAGUGUCCAAGGAGACGGUACCAGAAGUUUCAGAAGAUACAGUACCAGAAAUUUCCAAGGAGAAAGUGCCUGAAGUUUCUGAGGAAGUAGUAACAGAAGUUUCUGAGGAAAUGGUCCCAGCAGUGUCCGUGGAGACAAUCCCAGAAGUUUCAGAGGAAGUAGUACCAGAAGUUUCUGACAAGACGGUACCAAGAGUUUCCGAGGAGGUGGUGCCUGAAGUUUCCAAGGAGACAGUACACGAAGUUUCAGAGGAAUCAGGACCUGAAGUUUCAAAAGAAACAAUACCAGAUGUUUCUUAUGAGACGAUAUCAGAAGUUUCCGAAGAGACGGUACCCAAAGUUUCCAAGGAAAUGUUACCGGAAGUUGCAGAGGAAACAGUACCGGAAGUUUCACAAGAGACGGUACCAGAAGUUUCUGAGGAAACAAUACCUGCAGUUUCUGAGAAAACAGUACCCGAAAUGUCUGAGGAGACCAGACUGAUGGUACCAGAAGUGUCCAAGGAGUUGAUACCCACAGUUUCUGAGGAAACAGUACCUGGAGUUUCCGAGGAGACCAGACUGAUGCUACCAGAAGUUUCUGAAGAAGAGGCCCCUGAGGCAACUGAGGUCUCAGAAGAAUUGAUACCUGAAUCAGAUAAAGAAUCAGAACUUGGUGAUUUUAAAGAUGAGGACAUUUCUGAACCUGAAGAACCAGUACCUGAAGGUUCAGAAGAAGUAGCUGAGGAAGAGCCAACUGAUGUGGUUAAACCACUUACAGAAGAGGAGGUUCAAGAGAUUUCCUCGGGGAAGGAGGAAGUAGCAGAAAGAGAUAACGAAGUGGUGGAGGAUUUAGAAGCUGUUCAAGCUCCAGCACCAAGUGAAGGUGGAGUUGACUUACCUCCAGCAAAGCCAGAACCAGAAUCUCCUGUAGAAGAAAAAAGUUAUGAGAGUCCACUACCAGAGGAGGAUGUAAAACCAGAGGAAGGAAGAGUUUCAGUGCCAGUGGUACUAGAUGAAGGGUCAGUGGACAUUUCAGAGCCAGAACUUCAUCCACAAGUUGAAGAAGAAACCAAGCAAGAGGAGGCAGCUGAGAGUCCAGAACCAGAGAAAGCACCAGAACCAGACCAAGGCAAAGAGGAUCCUUUAUUACCGGUGGAAGAAUUACCUGAGGUGUCUGCACCAGAAUCAAAAGAGAAGGUAGCAGUUGAGGUCCAGGAGUCAAAAGGAGAUGUUGGUGUCCCAGAAACACUUCCAGAGGAGCGUUCCAUAGAGAUUUUAGAACAACCACCUAAGGAUGAUAUGGAAGAGCCACCUGCUGAAUCUAUAAAAAUCCUGCUCCCCUUGGAAGACAGGGAAGAUCUUUACAUUGAAGGGGAUGCUGUUCAGGAUGUUGAACGAGACGAGCUCCUUCAUCCCAUUGGCCCUGAGUAUCAUCACCCAUCAGAGGAGAAUAAUUUACCCAACAUACCCACAGACAUCCGGACCUCAGAAGAAGACUUGAUCACAGCUGACCACAGCUAUCCCACCACUGAUGAGUUGUACAUUGAGAGGGAUGUUGAGGGCAAAGACGAUCAAGUGGUGACUGAUGCUGGUACAGCGGAAACGACCAAGACUGAUCUACCAUUUGAAACAGCCUCUGUCACAGCUGCAGAAAAAGACGCCUCAGACAGGGUUGACGUCACAAUGCAGAGACCAGAAGAUGAGGACAUCAGUGUGACAGUUGCACCGGUUUCGGACAUCUUCCCAACACCUCCAGUUGCUGUUGACGUGUCUGCAGGGUCCUCAUCCAGCCUGACUGUAGACUCUGGACUAUUUGAGGUGGCAGAGGAAUCUAUAAUCCUCUCUGCUGCUGAGUCCUUAGAGGUGGAAAGCACUGAGGCAGAGGUGCCGACCACCAUUAUCCAUGAGGAAGAGGAGAAGGUGGGGAAGGAAGAGCCUGAAAGCCACCCCACCCCACCAGCUGCUGUGGAAGAAGCAGUUGAGACUGUUUGGGAUGUUUCUGAGGAGCUGGACCACUCUUAUGUCCCAGUCACAGAGAAGAGCGAGCUUCUGGAUGCAGGGAGUGGAGAGGAACGCAGCAUCGUCGGCACCACAACUCCGCCUCCUUUAACAUACCUGACCACACCAUCCAUGACCACGGCCAGCCACGGCCGUGAGUUGGUGGUGUUCUUCAGCCUGCGGGUCACCAACAUGAACUUCUCCGAAGACCUCUUCAACAAGACGUCAUCUGAGUACAGAAGCCUGGAGAACACCUUCUUAGAUGUGCUGCUGCCGUUCCUGCAAGCCAACCUGACAGGCUUCAAGAAACUGGAGAUCCUGAACUUCAGGAAGGGCAGCGUGGUCAUCAACAGCAAGAUGAAGUUCGCCAAGUCGGUCCCGUACAACAUCACCGAGGCUGUCCACUGCGUCCUGGAGGAGUUCUGCUUGUCUGCCGCCAGGAGCCUGCACAUCCAGAUCGAUACCCACUCUCUGGACAUUGAACCAGCUGAUCUGGCCGAUCCCUGCAAGUUCCAGGCCUGUGACGAGUUUUCCCACUGCAAGGUGAACAGCUGGUCGAAGGAGGCCGAGUGCGUGUGCAAGCCGGGCUUCCUGUCGGUGGACGGCCUGCCUUGUCAGAGUGUCUGUGACCUCCUUCCAGACUUCUGCCCCGAGGGGGAGUGUCACAUCGUUCCAGGACGCGGAGCCAAGUGCAGGUGA